AUUUCUAAAAUAUAAUUAAUCGAGCUGCCAAAGAAGCAAUUCAAUCGCAUCAGGUCAACAGCACAGGACAACGCGCAUUAAAACGCAUGCUCGCCCCGGCCAUUCUCAUUACAAGGCUAAAGUACCAACAGGCCAGAAGAAUGUGACAAAAAAUAUAUAUGCAGCAUUCAAAGAUUAAUGUAAUAGCAAUAUAAUUAUUUUAAACAACAGCGCCACAAAGAUUAAUGGUCGCAUAAUUAUGGUAUGAGUUGUCGUCGGAUGUUAGAAGAGAGGCUUUGAGGCAGUUGAAACCAAACACGCAAAGGACUCUCACAACUCUGAUAUUUUGAUAUUUUCUAAUUAAUACGCAAAAACACCUAAGAAGGUAACGCUGUUUUGCGAAGGUAAGAUUCCACAAAGCAAACAGUACCAACUCAAAGGAUCAGACGCCGAAAAGGGCGCAGAUGCGUAGAGAAUAACAUUAAGGCGUAUGAAGGAGAGCUGUUAACCACACUAGCAAAAUGGAUGCUGAAUUUAAUGCCUUAACAAUGGAUGACUGCUCCGACCUCAUCACCAGAGCGUUCGGAGGAACCAAGCUGUCACCCUAUAAUGAUUUGUCUUCACUAUAUGAUUACACAAGUAAUGUAAACAUGUUCUCCAAUGAAUACCUACACGGUGGAGACUCUAGCGGAGUGAGCACCGCCAGGUCAGCAUUCUCAAGCAUGGUCUCCGUAGAAACCACCCACGUAGACAACAAUUAUAACCUUGCAUGGUCAGAUACUGGCGAAGUUCACACCCCAAGGCAAGCAGGAAGCAAUAACAAUGUCGAUGAACAAGAUGCAAAGCUGCUCAAAGUCAUCAAGUCGUUAUUUACCCAGAGUAUGGUAGAUGUUUUACGAAAAUAUGUAGACGAACUAUAUCAAAGGGAUUUAAUAAGCUUGGAACUUCCGCCUGAAACCGAAAAGGUACAUCUGGAUGUAGAUGCAUUACGCACACGCAUAUUCGCGGUAAUACGCAAGUGCCUCACUAACAAUACGGAAAUAAACAUUGUUCACAUUAUAGAGACCAUCAGAGAAAAGUAUGAAACCACUUUAAUAGAAGAAGUACCCAGCUUCGGGUCAAUAACACACGCAAAUGGAUACUGCAAACCAUGCGUAUUCGCAAAUAAAGCAGUCAACUCAUGCAAAAACGGACUGGAUUGCAACUUCUGCCACUUUAAACACAGGAUCACACGAAGGAAAAACGCUACCAAAGAAACACAUGAUAUCAUGAAGCAGAGGAGAGAAGCGUUGUGGAAGGAACAGCAAGGAGGACUGACCUCGCCGCUACAGAUGCAAGCUUAUCUGUCAUCACAGAAAUUCAACAGGCAGCUGACGCAGUCACUGGAUAACAAGGAUCUUUUCAACUUCUCAGCCACAAGAAUGAGUCGGUCGUACGAAGAUGUAUUCAGCACGUCGUACGCAACUGCAGGGACCUCGCCAUUGUCAGCUCUAGAGCAGUGCAAUGAAACGAAUAGCGACCUAGAAGAUGCAUUAAUCGCGAGAUGCGUAGAGUUCCUGGAAAGGAAAUAUAGCACGCAAAAGAAAAAGUGAUUCCGUUAAAAAAACGGAAACGCAU